AAAGCCACAAAGAAAACUGACAAACUGAGACCAGAAGAUAAAGAUGACCUAGAUGUGACAGAGCUCUCUAAUGAAGACCUUCUGGAGCAGCUUGUGAGAUACGGGGUGAACCCUGGUCCCAUUGUGGGGACAACCAGGAAGCUGUAUGAGAAAAAACUGUUGAAACUGAGGGAACAGGGGACAGAAUCCCGAUCUUCUACUCCUCUGCCAACAGUCUCUUCCUCAGCGGAAAAUGCAAGACAAAAUGGAAGUAAUGACUCUGACAGAUACAGUGACAAUGACGAAGGAAAGAAGAAAGAACACAAGAAAGUGAAGUCCACUAGGGAUUUUGUUCCUUUUUCUGAACUUGCAUCUGCUUCCUCUGGUGGAUUUUUCCAGGGUAUUUCUUUUCCUGAAAUCUCCACCCGUCCUCCUUUGGGCAGGACUGAACUGCAGGCAGCUAAGAAAGUACAUACUUCUAAGGGAGACCCACCUAGGGAGCCUUUUACUGACACAGCCUUGCCUAGGAGGGGACAGGUACAGAAGGUAGCCCCUGGACGGAAUGUAUUUAUUCCUUCCGAGUCUACCUAUGAUAGAUACGUAGAGAAAAGUUCUUCGUCAUCUUCUCAGCAUGAACUCGCUGCCAGGUUGGCCUCUGCUGCAGCUUCUCCUUCACGGAUAAGAGAAACCACUACUACUUACUGUAAAGACACAGUAGAAAAUAUUUACCGUGGAGGGAAAAGUAGAACUCGGCCAUCGUGUACUGAGGGGUCUGAUGUUUCAGAUCAGUCAAUUCUCUCUAGUGAAAGAGAAGUUCUCCAAGAGUCAGAGAGAUCACAAGUCAUUUCUCCACCACUUGCUCGUGAAAUCAGAGAUUAUGUCAAUUUUCUGUUAGUCCAGGGUGGGGUCGGCAGUUUGCCUGGGAUUUCUAAUUCUGUACCCACACUGGAUGUAGAAAACAUAUGUAAGAGAUUUGGCCAGUCUAACCGUCAAGACUUUGAAUCCCUGUCUCCUCCACGCACAAUUCCUAGACUCAGUGAGACCCCACCAAAGGAAGGGGGUUCAGGGUCACAUGUGGCAUUUCAGAAUGUACCUGAAUCUGAACAUAUGUCUUCUUUUGCCAAAAGUGUUGUCUCUCAUUCCCUUACUACCUUAGGGAUAGAAAUGUCCGAGCAACCACAGCAUGAUAAAAUAGAUGCCUCAGAACCAUCUUUUCCUCUACACGAUUCUAUUUUAAAAGUAAUUGAAGAGGAGUGGCAGCAAACUGAUAGGCAGCUACCUUCGUUGGCAUGCAAAUAUCCAGUUUCUUCCAGCGAGGCAACACGGAUAUUAUCAGUUCCAGCAGUAGAUGAUGAAAUCUUGGGGCUUGUUUCUGAAACCACCCCACGAGCAGCAAUUCAGGCGUCCUCCACUGAGUCUUGUGAUAAACAUUUGGACUUAGCUCUCUGUAGAUCUUAUGAGGCUGCAGCAUCAGCACUGCAGAUUGCAGCCCACACUGCCUUUGUAGCUAAGUCUCUGCAAGCCAACAUAAGUCAGGCUGCACAGGCUAUUAGUGCAGAUCCUAGCCGUGCACCUCAAGCACUUGAGAUUCUGAGCAGAUCCUAUGAUGCAGCUUCAUAUCUCUGUGAUGCUGCAUUUGAUGAAGUAAGGAUGUCUGCCUAUGCCAUGGGCUCUUCUACUGUGGGGCGGCGUCAUCUGUGGUUGAAGGACUGUAAGAUUAACCCAGCUUCUAAGAAUAAACUGACUGUUGCCCCCUUUAAAGGCGGAACAUUGUUUGGAGGGGACAUACACAAAGUUAUUAAAAGGCGUGGAAAUAAACAGUAAUAAAGUCAAGGACAGAGAAAGUUACCUUUGAUUUGUAGAAUUUAUGAACAUUUCUAGGAAUUCUAGCAAUUUCUAUGCCAGAAUUUUGUUUUCAGUAACUUUUAGUCUAAUAGAGCUAGUUUCAAGGUAUUCAGCUUCUACUCAUCAAAUUAUAGUAUAAUUACACAUACAGAAGCCUAGUACAGUUUAAGUUUAGAUCACAUAUUUGCCUCACAUAAGUUGACAGCUUCCUGUUUUACAUAACACUUUUUACACAAGUCUUACAUUGUUACCUUUUAGUUAAAUAUUUUACAGCUCUUAGAAAUAAAAAGAAUUCCACUACUAAAAUAUCAGUAGAAUCCUCACUCCUCCCUGGUCCCCCCCCACAGGCUCAGUAGCCCAGGCUGUCCUAGAACUCAUAGAGAUCCAUCUGCACUGUGAGUACUGGGAUUAAAGGCGUGUGCCACCACUGCUCAGCAGACUCAUUUUUUUCAGAUCUGCUUUCUGCUGCUUAUUUUCAUAACACAAAUCUCUCUUGCUAGUAAGCCUUUUGUCCACUCAUGACAUUGCAAAGCGUCUACAGGUGACCUUUGUAGUUUAAUUCUUUUCAUCACUCUUGGCUAAGUAUCUACACAUUCUAAAGUUUGUUCACAUCCUUGUUCAUGUUUUUGUCUACAACAAACUGCUUUCAGUGACAGCACACAAACUUGCUGAUUCACAGACAUUGUAUAAGAAUCAAAGGGAGAGGGGCUUGAGAGAUGGCUCAGUGGUUAAGAGUACUUGCAGCUCUUCCAGAGGACCCAGGUUCAAUCCCCAGCACCCACAUGGCAGCUCAUAACUGUCUGUAACUCCAGUUCCAGGGGAUCUGACAUCUUCAUACCAAUGCACACAAAAAUAAAGUUUAUAAAUUAUUAAAAAAAUUAAAACAAAAAAGAAUCGAGGGGAGAGGGGCUGCAUCUCAGUGGUAAGAAGCAUGUACUUGUGCAUAUGGCCCUGAGUUCAGUUCACCGACAUCCAACGAAAGUUUAAUGAAAGAAUUUAAAUCUAGUCAUGCUUUGUAAGAGACCGGUAAGAGAUGCAUUGCAUACCUGUAUGUAUGUGUGCACACAGACUCACAUGGGUGCUUAUUUUUUUAGUAAACUAAUAAAAACAAUGUACACCUGUACGUUCUGAUAGAGAAGAUAGCCGGAAGUUCAUGGGUCAUACGAGCAUGUGACCACACUUUGAGAAACACAGCCACGGAUAUUCUGGUAUAGCUCAUGUUCCCUCAACAUGAUUUGUUAGAUGAAUAAGACACUAGAAAGGGCUGUUUUACUUACAUGAUUUAAAAAGAUGUCAUAUAUCUGGGGUAGUCAAAUUUCAGAUCAGAAUGCUAAAAGCACAUUUGAAUUAUUUUCUAAAAUCCUUAAGAAAUUUUGCUAUUCCCUAAUGUCUGUGUCUGUAUGAAGCAAUGUAUUAUCCUGUUUUCAUUUGUAUGGUUGUAAGGUAAGGUAGCCUGAUUGUAGAGAUGCGGAAAGUAGUCUUAAGCAUAAGUAAAUACAGUCCCUGAGUGUAUGUGUCUACUACUACCAUGUUCUUAGACUCUACACUCCAUCUCUGCAGCUUUGUUAUUUGUCUUCUAAAAUGUACAUGCAUACAUGUACCUGUUAAGUGCUGUGUGAUUUCUUUAAAGCAAUGUAUUCCUGUAGAAUGCGUCUACAAAUUCAAUAAAGUUGUUAAAUUUGAACAGU